AUGUCGCGCAGCAACGCCCCUAAUCCCUCGGGAUCCCGCAAAAUCUCCUUCAACGUCAGCGAGCAGUACGACAUUCAGGAUGUCGUUGGAGAGGGCGCCUACGGUGUCGUCUGCUCGGCGAUACACAAGCCUUCGGGCCAGAAGGUCGCCAUCAAGAAGAUCACUCCUUUCGACCACUCCAUGUUCUGUCUGCGGACCCUGCGUGAGAUGAAGCUUCUGAGGUACUUCAACCACGAGAACAUCAUCUCCAUCCUCGACAUUCAGAAGCCCCGCGGCUACGACACGUUCAACGAGGUGUACCUCAUCCAGGAACUCAUGGAGACGGACAUGCACCGCGUCAUCCGCACCCAGGACCUCUCCGAUGACCACUGCCAGUACUUCAUCUACCAGACGCUGCGCGCCCUCAAGGCGAUGCACUCGGCCAACGUCCUCCACCGUGAUCUCAAGCCCUCGAACCUGCUCCUCAACGCCAACUGCGACCUGAAAGUGUGCGACUUUGGCCUCGCGCGAUCGGCGGCGUCGCAGGAGGACAACUCGGGCUUCAUGACGGAAUACGUCGCGACACGAUGGUACCGCGCGCCCGAGAUCAUGUUGACGUUCAAGGAGUACACCAAGGCCAUCGACGUGUGGUCCGUCGGCUGCAUCCUCGCCGAGAUGCUCAGCGGCAAGCCCCUGUUCCCGGGCAAGGACUACCACCACCAGCUGACGCUCAUCCUCGACGUGCUCGGCACGCCGACGAUGGAGGACUACUACGGCAUCAAGUCGCGCCGCGCGCGCGAGUACAUCCGCUCGCUGCCGUUCAAGAAGAAGGUGCCGUUCCGCACGCUGUUCCCCAAGACGUCGGACCUCGCGCUCGACCUGCUCGAGAAGCUGCUGGCCUUCAACCCCGUCAAGCGCAUCACGGUCGAGGAGGCGCUCAAGCACCCGUACCUCGAGCCGUACCACGACCCGGAUGACGAGCCCACGGCGCCGCCCAUCCCCGAGGAGUUUUUCGACUUUGACAAGCACAAGGACACGCUGAGCAAGGAGCAGCUGAAGCAGCUGAUCUACCAGGAGAUUAUGCGGUAG